AUGUCCUCAUCCGUUCCAAAAAUCUUCGUCAUCGGCGGCACCGGGGCGCAGGGCAUACCCAUCGUCCGCGGCCUGGUCGAAGACGGGAAAUACCAAGUCCGCGUCCUCACCCGCGACAUCACCUCCAAGCGCGCCCAAGACCUGCAAGCGCUCGGCAACGUCGAGCUCGUCGUCGGCUCCUUCGCCAACGAAUCCCGCCUACGCGCCGGGUUCCGCGGGUGCGCGGGCGCGUACGUCAACAUCGAUGGGUUCACCACCGGCGAAAAGGGCGAGAUGUUCUGGGCGAUGCGGGCGUACGAGCUGGCGAUCGACGAGGGGGUGAAGUUUUUCGUGUAUGGAAAUCUGGACUAUGGGACGAAGAAGGGAGGGUAUGAUGCGAAGUAUCGGACGGGGCAUUAUGAUGGGAAGGGGAGGGUGGGAGAGUGGAUGUUGUGGCAGAAUCGGGAGAAUCGGGGGCGGAUGGGGGCGGCGGUGUUUACGAGUGGGCCGUAUAUUGAGAUGGCGAUCGCGUAUGGGACACCCAUGAUGCCGACGAUGGAAGACGGGGUGCUGACGUGGAGGCUCCCGCUGGGCGAUGGGGCCGUCCCCCACGUCUCGUUGGAUGAUUGCGCCCAUUAUGUCCGCUGGCUCUUCGACAACCAAGAGCGCGCCAACGGAAUGGAUCUGGAAGUUGCCAUCGACCACAUCCAGUAUGAGGACGUUGCCGCAGCCUUCGAGAAAGUGAGCGGCCAUCCCGCACAGUUCAUCGACAUCUCUCUCGAAGAAUACUGGAAAACCUCCCCCUUCGGCGGUGAUGGGGCACAGUUGAGUAGCGCCAUCCACGCCGAUCCAAAGGACCCGGCCAGCCUGACGCGCCAGCAAACCUUCACGGGCUUUUGGAACCUAUUCCGGGACUCCGGAAACAACACGGGGGUCAUCCGCCGCGAUUAUCAGUUGCUGGACGAGAUCCAUCCGAACCGGAUCCGGACGGUGGAGGAGUAUUUCCGGAGGGAACAGGAGAAGGGGGAGAAAGAGGGGUUGGGUUCGCUGUGGGAUCGUGUGCAGCCGGCACGGAUGAAGCCGGUUCUGAAAUUGGCCGAGGACGGGGCCAGGCUCGGGUUUUGAUAGCUCAUUGCCUGUGUUCGAUAGAUUAGCAAAUAUCGAUGAGGAUAUACAUAGCUCACAAGACAUACGUUCAGUUCCC